AUGGGCGGCAUUUUUUUUGUCAAUUGGCAGCUCUGGGAGGAGAUGACAUUUGUUCUUGCAUGCUGCAUAGUCAUUGUAUUUAUCAUUGCCCUAUUCAAAUUGUGGCAGACGAAUCGCCAACUCCGCCGUCAGGAGCGGCUCGACGAAGAAAAGAAGGACCGGCUGACGGAGAUGCGCAGAAUCGGGCUGACACCAAACAAGAAGCGAGGUGGCAAUAUUCCUUUUGGCAUUCGAGCUAUCCAGAGCGGCGUCGAGAUCGAGGGCAUAUGGAUCUCACAACCGACCACCCCGAGCCACAGUUCGUCCAUGUUGAAGCUGGGAUUCUCGGCUACAACCACAGAUGGCGUCAGCCAGAAGCACUUGUCAACAGCCGGGGACGUUAUCAGCCAUCCCCAUUCUGUCUCAGCUCUAAACGGUGUGCAGCCCAUACUUCAACAUCCAACAACCUCUUCCCUGGGUGGCGACCGUCUCUCUGACAGAGGAAGCUUAGCAAGCAUUCCAAAUGUGUUUGAUACGCACUCCAAUAUUUCUACGCCCUUACCACAGAUCUCCGAAGACGAAAUACUUCUUGGCAGCGAUGCGGACAUGGUGCCCCAUGCUGGAAUGAUAAAUGAGGAAGCACUGCGCCAUCUCGAGGACAACUAUCCUUCUGCGGUCACUCGUCAUCGUCAGCUGACAACUUAUAUGCCAAGCUCGCACAUCUCGACAACGACUGACAUCUUGAGGCCACAUGGCUAUGAACACCAUCAAAGUCAGGCCCAAACACCGCAGCACUACAACACCGUUCACGGUCACUAUCGUCCACGUAAGCACAUCCCCAGACCCGAUUCCGCACCCAUAAGCGGUGCCGAAAGCAGUCGGAGCCGUUCUCGCAACAACAAUGGUGUCGGCUCCUCACGAUCACGAGGAGGUUCGUCUGAGCAACUCAAUUCCACGUCCCCCGUUCGCCCUCCCGCCAAAAACAGCCGCACCAAGUCCGUCUUGCGUCUUCCAGAAAUGGUAUCCAUAGCCCUACCACCAGUCACAUCCGGACCAGCAGAUUCUUUUGCAAACCGUGCCAACCGCAAAAUCAGCCCCGGCUUCGAAGUCUUGCCUGCCGGCACAUUUGGUGGAUUUCCCAGACAUCUUUCACACAAUGAGGUCGAGGUCGACGAUCCCGGAAUUGGCCGCCGAAUUUCCACAAUGCAGCUCGUCCGCAAAAAACUCCUCAAGUCUGACCCCGCAUAG